GUGCUCACUCACUCAGCCCCCGCACUCUUGCUUCCAUCAAUGGCGCUAAUGAAGCUGGUUAACUUUCUGUCUCUAAAAUUUUGACUCUGGAAGAAACCUUUCAAAUCUUAAGAAUUGAAGCCAGAGCUCGCAGCCAUGUUUGGCGCCACGCCUGGGAGCAACCCGUUUGGGGCCACCCCAGCGACCCCUUCUGCUUCUACGUUCAGCUUCGGGACGUCCGGAAGCUCGCUUUUUGGGAGCGCUACUCCUGCUACCGGGGGGCUCUUUGGUAGUGCUGCCUCAACCCCCGCACCAGGAGGGGGCUUGUUUGGUGCGUCCACUCCGGCUUUCGGGGCCUCCACCCCGACAGCCAGCGGCGGACUGUUUGGCGCCAGCUCAAGCGGCUCCGGCUUGUUUGGAGCAACCACACCUGCAUUCGGGGCAACAGGAGCCGCCUCUGGUUCCUCGCUUUUCGGCGCGCAGACUCCCGCCACGUCAUCGGGGGGGUUCUUCGGACAAUCUGCUAGCGGGUCAUCGCUUUUCGGACAGCCAGCCACCACAUCGUCGAUGUUUGGCCAGACACAACAGGCCCCGUCUAUGUUCGGCCAACCGCAGACGGGUGGCGGCAUCUUCGGGGGGGCGGGUUUCGGGGCGCAGCCGCAAGCGGCGCAGCAGCCGUCCAUUUUCGGGGGGCAGCUGACCACGCAGAUGGCCCCUGUGGCGCCCCCCCAAGUGCCGCUCACCGCGGAAAAAGUAAAGGAAAUUGUAGACGCUUACACCGACUCCCCCGCGAACCCCAACUACCGCUUCCGCCACCUCUUCCUGAGCGUCAUCGAUCCGGCGUUCCGGCAGAAACCCGCUUCCGUUUCCGACGUCGUUUGGGCGGAAGCGGUCAGCCGGAUACAGUCGCUCAGUGAGGAGGACCGGCAGCGACUCUGGCCGGAGCUCGUCUCGGGGAUCAAGGAUCUGUCCACGAGAUUGAAGCUUCAAGACGAGGCGAUGGCGCACGACGGCGAGCGGUUAAAGACGACGGAGGCGAACGUGCGCGCACUGCAGCGGCACUUUGAGGCGGACACCGUGCCCUGGAUCCAAAAGCUGCGGCAAAAGGAACAGGACCUGCAGCGACGCUUGUUGCACGUGAUGCGUUUGGUUGAGGCGCUGGAAGGCCGGUCGCACCCCAACCGGCCGUUGUCCCGAAAAGAGAGCGCGCUCUUGGAGAAGCUACGGUCCCUAGUGCGGCAAAUGAGCGGCCCCUCUGCUGAGCUCCCCCGGCGGGUCGAGUCGUUGCUUUUGAACUCUAGGCUAGACGGGGGUGCGCUGGCGGGCGGGGCGGGGAGUCACGGCAGGAUCGACGAGAAGAGCCUAGCGCAGGUGCAGGCGUUGCUGACGCAGCAGACGGAGGCGAUGAAGAAACUAGCGGGCGUGCUGAGAAAGGACGCGAGGGAUGCGGAGAUUAUCGCGGGUGCGGGGGUGCAAGGUUUGGCGGGGGCGGGGAACCGGGGGGCAGCGUUGGAUGAUCGGCUAAGAAGGACGCCGUUCUGAUGUGUGUGAGAAGUCGUUGGGUUGAAGUUACUGACACAGCAGAUUCAUGCAAUCAAGUGCAUCUUCCCACGCAUUUCAGCACGGUCCUCAACAUUCCGAGGCUUCUCUGCGCUUGCCUUUUCGGCGUGUCCACACCUCGCUUCCGCAGACCAUUAAGCUAAGCAGUUAUCUAUGGUCAUGGUUGCCACAUAAUAACUUCAGCUCAUUAGUACAGCGGAUGAUGUACUGCUGGCCAUGGGGACGCAUGUCGGCCUGCAGGGCAAGAGCUGAGUACGAAGACCGUGAAACUCCGACACGAUCAGAACUUUCUAACUUUACACGGCUGAGUCGGUACUUUACUGGAAAGAUUCCAAGCGCAUGGGCGG